ACUGACCUCGAGUGAAGUACGUUAUAGUUAACUAUUUAUUAACUCCCGUGUUAAGUGCCAUGGCGUAUCUUGAAGGAGCCUCUCUUAAGCAGGAGGAAAUGAUUAAACAAGAUAUUGGUGAAGGACCCGGGGAUUUAGAAAGGGGCAUAAUGGACCUCCGUAGUAUGUGCGCAGCCAAUCCAUAUCUUCCAGAUCCAGAUACUUUGGGUGACCAUUUACUCGGGUUGUUCCUGCGAGGGUGUCGUAUGAACACUCAGAGGGCUCGCAAGAAGUUUGAGACCUUCUGCUACUCUCGCUCGCGGUACCGGGACAUAUUUGAGGAUCGCUCGUUUAACGAACUGCCUCUCAGCAACGUUUGCAAAUAUAUGGACAUAGCAGUUCUUCCAAAGCUAACAGAUGAGGCGUACAGAGUGACUAUAUUCCGAAUAAAGCCGGGCUAUCCCGAGAGUGCGGUCGACAUUGCUGCUACUGUUAAAGCCACUCUGUUGGUAUCAGACGUGCGCAUGCAUGACGAGACACUUAUUUUAGGAGAUGUGUUUAUCUAUGAGUGUAGCAACAUGCGGGCUUCCCUGGCGGCGUACGUGGCGGCGUCAGCAAACAUCGUCCGCCGCAGCAUCUACCUGGCACAAGCAGCCUAUCCUCAGCGGAUGAAGCGAAUCCACGUGGUCGGAGCCCCUGGUAUAGUCUCUUCCUCGCUCAACCUGAUGCGGGCAUGUGUCAACGAAAAAGUGAAACAGCGCUACUACUUGCAUUCAAAAGUGGAGGAGCUAUUAGACCACAUGCCGGCUCGCAUACUGCCGGCUGAGUGGGGCGGGAAAGAAGAAUCUAUAGAAGCUCUCUCAAAGAAAAUGCAGCGCCGAGUCGAGGAAGUGAGAGACUACAUCCGGCAGCUCAACACAUCUUGUCGAGCAGCGCCUCUACCGGCCAGUGAUAAAGAUAUAUACGGCGUCGCCGGAGCCUUUAGGAAACUUGAAAUAGACUAGAUCGGUGAAUAGGAUUAGGUUAUUGUCGGUAGUAUGAGUUCUGCUUCAUAUUAAAUGCCUGACAGCGCAUUAACUAUGGGUUUUACCGGUUACUUGGAGACAGGCAAGCAACGCUGUUUUAUAAAUUAAAGUAAGCGGUAACUAUCGUGGAAAUAAAACAUAUUUUUUUAUAAUUUUUAGCCCUACCUUAACAUUUCUAAAAUGUUUAUGCCCUAAAUACAUAAUUUUUAACCUUAAAAAGUUAUUUUGUUCCGUUAUGAAAUAUAUAUGAUAACUUUUAGGAAGAUAUCUUCAUAAAUUUUUUUUCAAAACAUCGUAAGUAAAGUUUCAAAACAUAUAAUGAAAAAAUCAAUUUUUUUAAAUCACUAAAUCAUUAUAAGCACUAAUCCACAUUCAGCUAAAUAUGAAGAUGGAAACGGUAGUAAAAGUGUUCUUGCACAUUCUUGGAAUUUGCCCGUUUUUGUCAAAGUGGUCACCGAUAUCUAGCUAGCAUUGCAUUUAAAUAACCCAAAGCGAAAUGGUUAAAGUCAUGUUGCAUCCAUUUUUAAAUUGCCCCCCUUAACUUUCGAAUUGCCCCCCUGUGGGCGUGGGCCCCACGUUGUGAAACACUGUUGUACAGUAUAAGCUGUCACAAUCGCACCGUGCCCUUAUUCGUUGGUGUUUUAAACUCAUAAAGAGGUAUUGCGGUUCUAAACAAAAAACUGUCGCCCAUACUCUCUUAAAAAGAUAUGAUUGAUAUCACAAUCAGAAAUUUAUAACCAAAUCACUGUGGAAUUGAAGAUCGAAUUAGAAAAUAAACUAAUUAGCGAAGUUCAAGAUCGAUUUGUGAAGUUCGAGCCCAUAUUUUUGCAGUGAAAACUUUUUUAGCGGCGUUGAGCACUUUUCUUGAGUUGAGUAUAAAAUGUUAAGCUCGUGUCAGGACACGUCGCCUGAUCGAAAAUUCGGAAGACAGUCGUUGACAUUAAAAAAAAGAAGUUGAAAGAUUUAUACUUCUAAUUAAUUACAGUUCGGCUAUUUUAACUGAAAGAUCAUAAUAUUGGUCAUUGGACCAGUGGUUGAAGGUUCGAAUCUCAGCCGUGAAAUAUUUUUACGUUUUAUUAUGGAUGAAAGUCGAUUUUCUGAGAGACUUUUUAAAGUAAAAUAUUUGCUGAUAUUAGUGUUAAUUUUUUAUGAAUUUCGUACACAGGAAUGACAAUUUAUAAAUUGUCAUUUUUCGCAAUAAAUGAAUAUUAUAAAUUUUCACUUCUGCCGGCACUCCCGGAGUGCAACCCGUUACUUUUUUUUAUUAGGUACAAUAAGUAACAGAACGAGGAGAUGUAAAGCUGCAUCAUUUGUCACAGACAGGGAGUAUCCAGUUCUCUGUGAAACCGUAUUUUUUUAACUAAGUUUCUUUCUUGCCUAGAAAGAUCGGGCAAGCUUAGAAAAUUGCCAAAUGAAGUCUAGAAUUAUUACUGUAGUUAAUUAAUUGUUAGUUUGGACUGUAUGCUCCAGUUAAUUAAACAUCUACUUAGUUGUUAAAUUAAUUUAAUUUAGAGGUUUAAUUUUAUUUGUAAGUCGUAUUAUAAAUGCUUUAAAUAAAUAAAUAAAUAAAUAAA